AUGUCAGACCCCACCAGCCGUCCAGAGCGUACCUCGCCUAACUACGACCUAUACCAACGUGAGAUCUUCAAGGAUGGGUCGUACGGCACACUGCCCUCAUUCAGCACUGAUCCCGACCAACUCGAAGCCGUAGCCGCGUCCAAACUCUCCGAACGCGGUCGCCUGUACGCCCUGUCCAACGCCGGUCUUUCCCUCACCGCCCGCACCAACCGCGCCGCCUUCGCGGCAUACCAGAUCAUCCCACGUAUGCUACGUCCCACCCUCGAGCGAGACAUCAGCACCACUCUCUUUGGUCACCAUAUUCCCGCUCCUAUUGGGUUUGCCCCGGUGGGGGUGAACGAGAUCUACAAUCCGGAGGGAGAGCUGGCGGUCGCGAGCGUGGCUGGAGAGCUGGGAUUGCCGUAUUGUUUGAGUACAGCUAGCAGCCGGAGUGUGGAGCGCGUGGCGGAGGCGAACGACGCUGGUGCGAAGGCGGCAGGGAGGGCAGAGGGAGGGCCGAGAUUCUUCCAGCUGUAUUUGCCGCACAAUUGGGAGCUGGCGGAGAGCUUGUUGAAGAGGGCGUGGGACAACGGGUUCGACGUGUGUAUCAUGACGCUGGACACGGACCAUCUAGCGUGGCGACACGGGGAUGUAGCGCAAGCCAACUACACGUUCUAUUACGGACAAGGGAACGAGAUGGGCUGGACCGAUCCCGUGUUUCACAAGUACCUCGAGGAGAAGGGGAUAGACCCAAAGAAAGACCCCAAAACAGCCGGACGAGCUUGGAUUGACACUGUAUGGCAUGGGAAGGCGCAUUCGUGGGAUGACCUGCCAAGAGUGAUCAAGUUAUGGAAGGACAUCUCGGGUGGGAAGCCGUUUGUGCUAAAGGGCAUCCAGUGCGUAGAAGACGCCCUCCUCGCUAACCGCAACGGCUGCGACGGGAUCAUUGUCUCCAACCACGCCGGGCGACAAGUCGACGGAGCCGUCGCAUCCCUAGAGAUGCUGCCCGAGAUCGUGGAUGCCGUAGGUGGGGAUAUGACGGUGAUGUUCGACUCUGGCGUGCGGACGGGGGCGGACGUCUUCAAGGCGCUUGCCUUGGGGGCGAAGGCGGUCUUUAUCGGGAGAUUAUGGAUCUAUGGCCUGGCGAUUCAAGGUGCUCCUGGUGUGAGGCAUGUGACGAAGUCCCUCUUGGCGGACUUUGACAGUCUGAUGGAUCUUGCUGGGUACAGGAGUUUGGGGGAAGUGAGUCGAGCGGCACUGAAGAUACGAGAUAUAGCGAGGUUGUAG